GUCGUCCGACGAACGUUGGCGCACUUGGCGGUUCUCGUCCGACUAGAAAGCCCAAUUGGAAAGCAAAUAAAAUGCACGCCCGUGGUACCCUGGGAAAAGCUGUGCGGUCCAAAGGGGGAAUUUGAAACAAAAGCGGAAAAACCGAACUAAAAGUUGAAGUUUAUCUAGACAGCAGAAACCUGUGAAAAGUGACAGAGAGAGAAACGGAGAAAAAGUGAAUAGUGAGCGGCAAACAGUCUCAUUCGAAAUUGUGAACAAUUGUGAGAACAUUCUCAGACUAAACAAAAAGUGCAAUAUGCUGAAGUUAUUCAAGAAAUCAAAAGACAAAAUACCAAAAUCGGAAAUAAUAACCGAGCCCAAGGAACCGAAAACGCCGCCCGUCUCCAAAUGCGGCAAGCCCUUGCAGCUGGACAACUCGCGCUGGGAGCGCCGGCUUCACAAAGAGCUGAUGUCCCUGAUCAAGGAGCCGCCGCCGGGUGUCACUGUCGACACCGAAAGCGUACAGCAGAAUUUAUCCGAAUGGAAAUUAAACAUAAAAGGUUUCGAGGGCACCCUUUACGAUGGCGAGGACUUCCAGUUGCUGUUCAAAUUUAACAAUAAAUAUCCCUUCGAUUCGCCUGAGGUGACUUUUAUUGGCAACAAUAUACCCGUGCACCCACAUGUCUACAGCAAUGGACACAUCUGUCUGUCCAUUCUGACAGAGGACUGGUCGCCGGCGCUGUCGGUGCAAUCGGUGUGCCUUAGCAUAGCUUCCAUGUUGAGCAGCUGUCGCGAGAAGAAGCGUCCUCCAGACAACGCGCUCUACGUUAAAACCUGCAAUAAAAAUCCCAAAAAGACUAAAUGGUGGUACCACGAUGACUCUGUUUAGUUAACGUUGCAAUUUAUUACUACUGCCUGCUGCUGCUGUUUGCUUCAGAAACAGAAACAGAAACAUUCAGAAACACCAAACAAUGCCGACACAGAAAUUCAGAUAUACAGAAGAACAGAAAUAUACAGAAACACACAGCCAAGGGAGCAGCCACAUCGGAAUAGUAGAAGGCAUCGGCACUGCCCGAGCAGAAGCGGGGUCAUCCACAUAAACCAUCCAACAGCGCCAAGAAACUGAUUUGCUUAAACGUUAGCUAGCUUUAGGGAAACUUACAUAGCUCCACAAAGGAGACUCCACACCCAAGUGCACUCGGACGCGACUAUAAAAUCGACUAGUGAAAUCAAAACAAGAAUGGGAUAAGUAUCAUUAGUUAUCAGUAUGGCAAACAAUCAUAGCCCCGCCGGGCCCCGACGUCGUUGUAAGCAACAAACCACUCUAACUCUAGCUAUCUAUAAUCAACGAAAGGCGUGUGCAAAAACCCUAUUACUAAAUGUUAACAUUUUAAAUUAGAUUAUAAAGACCAAAUUAACGUCUAAAUUAAAUGUUAUGCUAUCAUCUAACUAAGCGUAUGUGAACUAAUCACGAUCUGCCAAUUGUUUGUCCCCAGCAGUUGCUUCCACAUUCCACAGGCAUCCCUUCGAGAAGCCGCUGCUUGGUCCUGGCUGGAGAUGGAACCCUUAACCCCCACAUCUAAACGAAUCGAAAGUCAUGAGUCAUCGUAGUUAAGUUGAAACAUUUGAAAUGUAUUAGAAGCCAUAUCUGAAUAUCGCACUCAUUACCAUCAUCCACACCGCACCGCCCAUUCUGUAAUCUUCGAUCAUUUCCCAAUCCCCAUUCAUCAGGCAUGCAUCAUGUAUUUGUCCAAUAAUCUCGCUUGUGGCACGAUCGCAAAACAUAUUUACCUCUUACUGUUCAAGUAGAUCUAGAAUGCGACGAGCUACUCGUUGAACUACCAUAUAAUUUAUCUGUAUAUUGUAUAAAGAAACCCCCCCUACAUUAUUCCCGAUGUAUGAUUAUCUAGGAUAUAUAUGUACUACGCCUAUGUAUAUGUACUGUUGCAAGUAUUUAAUAAACCAAGUCUGUAAUCAAA